AUGAUCGCUGGAAACCAUGAUCAUUUUGGCAAUGUUUCAGCUCAAAUUGCUUAUACUAACCAUAGCAAGAAAUGGAACUUCCCCAAACUCUACUACAAACUCUCAUUUUCACUAAAAAAUUCAUCUGUGGACAUUUUGAUGAUUGACACCAUAGUGCUUUGUGGAAAUACUGCAGAUAUACAAAAUGGUGGCUUUUUCGACAUGCUGUGGAACAGAUCACAUCAUCCUGAGGGCCCAACUGAUCCGAAGAAAGCAGAAGAACAAUGGAAAUGGAUAAAUGAAAAUCUGAACUCGAGCAAAGCCGACUACCUCUUCGUUGCUGGCCAUUACCCAAUUUACUCGAUUUCUUCACAUGGACCUACUCAUUGUCUUAUAGAAAGGCUGGAUCCCUUGCUGAAAGCUUACAAUGUGUCAGCAUAUUUCGCCGGACAUGAUCAUAACUUGCAGGUAACUUGCUAUUCAAAAUUUGUCCUCAUUUUUUGAUG